AUGAUUCCAGUGGCAGGUCGACGAAAAGGGCAGGCCCCGCCACCCGCCGUCCACCAACCACCACCGCCCAUUGCACCGUCCGGCAGGGAACCUGAUUGGCUCUUUACAGAAAGUGUUGUCCCAGCAGCUGGCGGACCUGCAACGACACCCGCUCCGUUUUCUGUCCCUACCGUUAGUGACGCGCUCUCUUUUCUUGAUUUUGAAGAUGAACAGCAUGCUCCUGCGGCGGCAUCGUACGUUACCGCAUCACCCACAACAUCAACAGCAACAGCAACAACAGCAGCAGCAGCGCCGACCCACGUUGCUCCUUCCCCAGUCUCGCUUUUGGGCCGUCAUGAGUCCUUGCGGAAUGAUUUACAAGGAACUCAAAGGGAUUUGGUUUCCUGUGAAGCUCGCAUUAAGUUAUUGGAGGGAGGCGAAGACGACUUGUGCCAAGAGUUAAGGCGUCUAGAAAGCAACGUCUGUGAGAAGCAGGAAGAGGUUGGGCGCGCAGCUGUGAUUCAGUUGGAGCUGGAGGAGUCAUUGCAACUGUGGCGGAAGUGGGUACAGGGAGGGCUGAGGUCUUGCCAUCAGCAAGACCUUGUUAAUGCUGCGAAUGCUCUUCAAAGCCUAUGCGAGAGUGACGUCAAACGUUUAAAGACACUUUUAGAAGAACAAGCGGCAUCCCUGCGUGCCACACAGGAGAGGCAUAGCGCUAUGGAUGGGAGCAUCGACACAACAGAACCGUACGAGAGAGUCCUUACCCAGCUGCAAGAGAAGCUGAAGAAGUCUGUGCAUGAGAUGAGCAACAGCAUCUGCGUGCGAGUUAAGCCGUGUCUCGUUGGAAGCAUCCGAGAGACAAUAGUGGAAUCCGCUCAACAGCGUCUAGACAUUCUCUCUAAUGAUAGACAACGAAGAUGGGAUGAGUGGCAAUUGUUUCAAAAGAAUAUGAAGGAAAAAUUUCACCGCUUUCAGGAGGAAAGACGUUUGAAGCACCGAGCUGGAUUUGAUUCGGCAUUGGCGCACGCAGCGACAAAGUUUCGCACGGCUCUUGACAAUCGCCUCACUGCGUCAACGCAGAGCUUUGCGGAACGGCAGAGGACCGUUAUAGUGGAGACACAUCAGGGCACUCAGCGCGCGAUUGACGAGAUGAUAAAGCGUUUUAGAGAGGACUUGAAUACCAUGGAAAAUAAACAAAGUGAAGAGCUAAAACGUAUUGUACACCAAUGCGCCGCCGAGCUCGCGCAUCAUGCCCGACUUUACACUGCGGAGAGAGAGGCCGCGGUCCGUCGUCAGCGCCAGUGUGCGGAGGAGGAACAGAUAGAUGAGGCUGGAUCCAUUGCAUACAAAUCAGUUGAAAACAAAUUGAACUUUUUGGAAGCUCAGCUGGAGCAGUUGCGACAGUCGGUGUUGUUUGAUAUACACGAGGUUACUAGUGUUUCAUCCUCCUUUAGGGGUGAAACGUUUCCUCUGCGGGAGAAGGCGUUGGUGUUGCAAGAGUGUGAGCGAAAUACACGCCAACUCGGUGAACAAAUUGGAACCCAGUGGCAACGAUUCAAGGCGGCUGUGGCUCCUCUGGAGCAAUGUAUAAGCUCCAUGGCUGCUGGCUUGCAGGAAGGCCGUGUGAAGGUGGCUACCAUGCAGCAGGGGGCAGAGUCUGUUUACCAGGCAUGGAGUCAGGAUGUGAGGCGUGAACUUUCUCGGUGCCUGACUUCGAACGGGAUCUCCUCGAAUUCUGAGGAGGUUCGGAGUGGUGUUGAGUGCAUGACACAAGUUAUGGAGGGCUUGUUGUUGCAGCUACACCCAUUGCGGGUUGCUCAUUCCGAAGGACGAGCCCGACAGAGAUGCUUCAGGACGAGCAUGGAGCAAGAGAUUGGGGCGCUCGAUACGCAGCGGUGCAAUUGCAACAAUGCACUUAAUGCUGUCUUUGAUGUCUACGAUCGCUUGUCCCGCGUAGAGGCGGAACUAGAGGCAAAACGUAAAACAUUGGAGGUUGCAGAAAGCGACUAUGCAGCUGUGAGGCAGCAAUUAGAGGAGGAAAGGGCUGCAUUCGGCGUACGGUUGAGAGAGGCGGAGCAGCUCGGUGCAGAACUGCGUCAUAACGCGGCGAUAUGGGGGAAACCGAGUGCUUUUGGUGAGUCUAUGAAGAACUCUCUGCAGACUCUGCGUGACGUGACGUCAGAAGACGCGUGCCGAGACAACGUCUCCCGAGCAAAGUCGAGUGGGUUACAUCAACUACGGCGCCAGCAGCGGCAGGAGCAGCACACUGCACUCCUGGAUGAGACCUUGAUACACUCCCAGGAGCGCCCUGCAGAGGAGGAGAAUGUAUCUCAUUGUGGAAGGGCUGAGAGCGUGAAGGAUUUUUUGACGGUGGAUAACCCUUGUUUGCCGCUGUCGACCUCGAGUGGGCCGUACAUGCAUGAGUGCAGACGGCAGUCGCGCGACUCAGGCUACGAGCCGUCCUCAGAAGGCAUGCGCAGGGCGGGCAGCACCAGGUCUCUCACCACACCUUCAACAUCCAACUCCUGA